AUCACCUCACAGGACUAUAAGAAGUGUGAGAGUCCAACAGGAAGACCCCAUCUGCUCCAACUUCUCCUUCGGCACAGGUCUCCUCCUCCUCCAACUCAGCAACCAUGAAAUUCUCCCUGAUUGCAGCCGUUGUCCUGCUUGCCUUGGCACAAGGAAGCUUUGCACAAGAUGCGUCCGAUCUUGAAAGGCUCGGUCAGUACUUGGAGGAGAUGAAGACCAAGAUGGUCCAGGACAUUACUGAGAUGCUCCGCAACCACGAGGACCUGGCCAACCAGGCUCAGACCUUCAUGGCGGACAGGAAAACUCAGCUGGAGCCUCUGGUCGCUCAGAUGCAGGAGCAGGUUAAGACCAUUGCCGCCAACGUCGAGGAGCAGAUCAAGCCCAUGGCUGCCAACGUGCAAACUCAGUUCCAGCCCCAGCUCACCAGCCUUUUCAAGAUGGUGGAGGGUUUGGUCGAGAGGAUUAAGGAGCAGAACCUUGCCCUUCCCAGUGCCAACUAAACAAACUGUCCUUCCAAAAGAUGCAAAUGUGCCACCACACCACCAUCUUGCAUCUGAUGGCUGGCCUAAAAGUGCAACAGCCUAAAAUGUGUUUCAGUGAUUGUUGACAUCAUCAUCUCUGUCCCAAAGCACAAUUAAAACUUGAAACACUUCACUGUGUCAAUUUCA